UCUAGCAUCCGGUCAUCGCCAMCAGACAUAUCCGUUCUUCACAAAUCGUUUUUUACAUCCACCAAGCAGAAACAAUGUUCCGUUCAAAGCUUUCGAAGCCAGAUCCAAGAUCCGAGUCACUACCUAUGGAGCUGCUUUUUGUUUAUGAUCAUCCUAUUCGUUUGAAGAAAUCCUUACAUAGGAAAACAAGAAAGAAUCGGUUUUCUAAUCCAAGAUAUCUGUCUCAUCAUCGUUUGCUCAUGAGGAAUAGAGUGGAGUUUCGUCUUGAGAGAUUGAAUCAAAUAAAAAAGAACAUGGACAAGCAUAGAAAUGCUCUGAUGCUUAAGAGUCGUUCUUCUCCACCUUCAGCUUGCUAUUCUCGUAAUGGAGAUAUUUCUUUGGAGGUAAGUGAUAUUCCUAUUCCUUUUUCUGUUGAAACUAAUGGGUUUUGUGCAGGUAGUGAGUUUAAUGGAGAAAAGGAUGGAGAAAAUCACCAACUUGCUGUCGUUAAAGGUGAAGUGGGUCUUGGUCUCCAAGCURAGUUAUGCAAAAAUCAGGCUGUUAAUCCUCAUGGUUCGAGUCUUGCUGGGAUUCAUAUGAAGGAAAAAGAUGAAGAUCUUCAAAUGUUAUCUGGGUCACUCAAGAACAUGYAAGUCAUCUUCUCCCAUGUUGAUGGYAGGGACCCUACACUGUUGCCUGGAAAUUUUUUGGAGCUUAGCCAACUGGAUGAAGCCCCAAGGGUCAUCUCUGCAAAAAAGCUACAGCUGGACCCCCCCCCAUGUUUCAAUUUGGAAAAGUCCAAUGCUCUGAGAAUAAAGAGGAUUUAUUUUCCUUUUUUAACUAUAAACCAUUAAAAGUUGAUGGGGAGGAUGAUGAUUUCGGUCAAGAGAAAGUUGAUGGGGAGGAUAAAAGCCUUGAGGGUAAUAUUCAAACUUUAUUGGUUGGUGGUCUCGAGGAUAAAGCACAACCGACAAUUUCUAUUUUGGUAGGGAUUCAUGAUGGAUUGGGAGAGGGCCUUUGUCCUAUGGAUAUUACACUUGAGAUUAAACUUUAUUGGGAACAUCHUUUUGUAAAAUUAUCAAUGAGUAAAUACAUAAUAUUCCAACCAAUAUGAUAAUAAUUGUAAUUGUAUUGGA